AUGUCUUUACUACUCCAACUUAAGAACAACCUCUCCCCAUUCACGUCAGAAAGAAGCCACAAGCUGAAGACAUGGGAUCCAAGUGAUGAUUGUUGUGCAUGGAUGGGGGUAACAUGUGACAACAAGGAACAUGUUACUGGUCUUGAUCUCAGUGGAGAAUCAAUCUCUGGUGGAUUUGACCAUUCAAGCAGUCUUUUCAAUCUCCAACAUCUCAUGAAUCUGAAUUUGGCUUAUAAUGAUUUCAAUUCUACCAUUCCAUCUGGAUUCAACAAGUUGAAGAAUUUAACUUACCUGAACGUGUCAAAUGCUGGCUUUUCAGGGCAGGUUCCAACAGACAUUUCACAACUUACAAGGUUGGUUGCUCUUGAUUUAUCUCCUGGGUACUUUUUUAAUCUGACGAUCCAAAGUCUACAAAAGCUUGUUCAAAACCUCACUAGUAUACGUCAACUGUAUUUGGAUGGUAUGCAAAUAAGAGAUGAUCAAGGACAAGAAUGGUGCAAUGCUUUGUUGCCGCUGCGUGACCUGCAAGAGCUCAGCAUGGCAUAUUGCAAUCUCAGAGGACCCCUUGAUGAUUCUUUGACACGAUUUGAGAAUCUAUCAGUCAUUAUUCUUGAUGGCAACAACUUUUCAUCCCCGGUGCCUGAGACAUUUGCCAAUUUUAAGAAUCUCACUACCCUCAGUCUUAGAGAUUGCAACUUGAAUGGACGAUUUCCACCAAAGAUCUUCCAUAUUGCAACGUUGACAUAUAUUGACAUAUCAAACAAUGAUAAUCUCCAUGGUUUCUUUCCAGACUUUCCACUGGGUGGAUCUCUCCAUACCAUAAGAGUGUAUGACACAAACUUCUCUGGAACACUUCCACACUCUAUUGGUAACCUGAGGCACUUAUCUGAAUUGAAUCUUCGUGGUUGUCAAUUUAAUGGAACACUUCCCAAAUCGCUGUCAAACCUCACUGAACUCAUUUACCUUGAUUUGUCACCUAACAACUUCACAGGUCCAUUGCCAUCAUUUGGUAUGACCGAAAAACUAACCUACCUCGACCUUUACUUGAGUCAUAAUUCUAUUAGUGGGAACAUUCCUUCAUCUCUUUUUAGGCUCCCAUUACUAGAGGAGAUUGAUCUUCAUGACAACCAGUUUAGCCAGCUUGAUGAAUUCACAAAUGGGUCUGUCUCUGUAUUGAGCUCCCUUGAUUUAAGCAACAAUGAUCUAUCAGGGCCUUUUCCAGAGUUUAUCUUCCAUCUCGGUGCACUAUCAUACCUUAGUCUUUCCUCUAACAAGUUCCAUGGACCAUUGCAGCUAAAUAGGCUUUUAUCGCUUAUAAAUUUAUAUGAUCUGGACAUUUCAUACAACAACUGGUCAGAUAAUGUGGAUAUAAAUUUUGAAAGCUUUCCCAGACUAUUCUAUCUAUAUAUGGCAUCCUGCAACUUGAAAGCUUUCCCUAGUUUCUUGAGAAAUCAAUCCACAUUAUUCUCUCUAGACCUUUCCAAGAAUCAAAUUCAUGGAGUAGUGCCCAAUUGGCUUUGGGAACUAAAUCUUUACUACCUUAAUAUUUCAAGCAAUUUGCUGACUGAUUUGGAAGGACCUAUUCAAAAGCUGAACAAUGUUUCUUCCUUGAAUUACCUUGACCUUCAUAACAACCAACUACAGGGGCCAAUACCUAUUUUUCCUGUAAAUGUUGCCUAUGUGGAUUACUCGAGGAACAGAUUUAGCUCUGUUAUCCCACAAGAUAUUGGUGAUUAUAUGUCCUCAGCGAUUUUUCUCACUCUUUCAGACAAUAAAUUCCAUGGCAACAUCCCAGAUUCCCUCUGCAAUGCUACAUGCCUUCAAUUGCUUGAUCUUUCAACUAACAACUUUACAGGAACAAUUCCCUCUUGUUUAAUGACAAUGGCUAAGCCUGGGAACCUUAAGGUAUUAAAUUUGAGGGACAACAACCUCAAAGGCACUAUCCCAGAUAUGUUUCCAGCUUCUUGUUUUCUAAGCACGCUGAAUCUCCGUGGAAAUCAAUUGCAUGGGCCAAUUCCAAAAUCCCUUGCCCAGUGCUCCACAUUAGAGGUAUUGGACCUUGGAAAAAAUCAUAUUACUGGUGGCUUCCCAUGCUUUUUGAAAAACAUAUCCACACUCCGUGUCCUAAUUUUGCGAAACAACAGAUUUCAAGGUUCCUUAGGAUGUGGACAAGCCAAUGAUGAGCCGUGGAAAAUUCUUCAAAUCAUGGACAUCGCUUUUGACAACUUUAGUGGCACACUAAAGGGAAAAUAUUUCAAAAACUGGGAAACAAUGAUGCAUGAUGAAGAAGAUCAAUAUGUAUCAAAUUUUAUCCACACGGAAUUUACAAGAGGAAGCGUGUAUUAUCAGGACAGCGUGACAGUGAUCAACAAAGGUCUGCAAAUGGAGUUGGUUAAAAUUCUGAAUAUCUUCACAUCCAUUGAUUUCUCAUCAAACCAUUUUGAAGGACCAAUACCAGAGGAGCUUAUGGAUUUUAAAGCACUCCAUGUUCUCAACCUUUCAAACAAUGCUCUCUCUGGUGAGAUCCCAUCAUCCAUAGGGAACCUGAAACAGCUGGAGUCAUUGGACAUCUCACAGAACUCUCUGCACGGAGAAAUUCCGGGGCAGCUUGCAAGUUUGACAUUCCUUUCUUAUCUGAACCUCUCCUUCAAUCAUUUGGUGGGGAAGAUCCCAACAAGUACCCAACUUCAGUCAUUUGAAGCAUCUUCCUUUGAAGGAAAUGAUGGACUACAUGGACCUCCGUUGGAUGUAAAACCAGAUGGUAAAAAGCAAGAGUUGCUAACGCAACCAGCAUGCAAAAGGCUGGCUUGUACAGUUGAUUGGAAUUUUUUAAGUGCGGAGUUGGGAUUUUCUUGUGGCAUUGGAAUUGUCAUCUUUCCCCUCUUGUUUUGGAAGCAAUGGAGGAUAUGGUAUUGGAAACUUCUGGACCAAAUUCUUUGCUGGAUCUUCCCUUAGCUAUAUCUUGAUUAUGUAACUCAAGGAGGACAGAAGUACACUGUUUUAAGGUGGUGGCGCCAGUGAUCAGUGAGGGUGCUAAUAAGUUGUGAUGUAAUCUGAAACCUUUCCCUCUUAAUUUCCUAGCUAAUUAUGUUGUUGUUUGUAUGGGUUUAUUUGAGUGGUGAUAUGAUAUGUACUAGAACUUUGAAGAGACAUUCUUCUUGAUUUAAAGAAAAAGUGUCAUAGGGA